CGCCAGUUGCUCGCCGGUUAGUUCCUUGCCCGGGUUCGAACCCCACACACGUUGUAUAGUGACUGUGCAGUGAAGUGUCGUUUUGUGGAUAUGUGGUGGAUUUUAAAACUGACCAUUUUGAUGCAAUGCGUGGUUUCAAUCAGGAUAACUAACAUGCGGGUCCCCGAAGUGAUACAAUAUGGAACACUGGACCAUGUCACUCUGGACUGCGACUUCGAGACGGAUAAUGUCACUGGGCUCGUGGUAAAAUGGUUCUUCAACGACAAGUCUCAUCCUGUGUACCAGUGGAUUCCACCGCAGAAGCCUCAAGCCUUAGGAAUGCUCAGAAAUAAGUUAGACCUAACAUACAGGGUGUCACACAACCCAUAUACCCAGCACAGAGCGUUGCGAAUAAAUAACCCUGGAUUGGACCUGACUGGCAAUUACACCUGUGUGGUCUCCACAUUCUUGGCGGAAGACCAGCGCACGAGGCCAGUGACGAUAUUUGUACCCGAGAAGAGGUUCGACAUGAUACAAGACAGAGUGAACGAUGGAUUCCUUAAUAUCAUCUGUUCCGUUGAGGGUGUUUUCCCGAAGCCCGAACUUGUGAUACUGGCUGGUAAUAGGUUGCUGAGCGCCAAAGCAUCCACCACCCUGAUCAACGACCGCUACACAGCGGUGACCAGCACGUUUGUAAAGAUCAACGCCCUGCCUCCCACUGUGGAGAUCCUGUGUGACAUGCAAGUCCCGCUGGCCAACUACUUCAGUAGGAAGAGGGAGAUAUUUUAUAGAGAUCCACUACCGACUACAACAGAAGAACCAAGUUCAAGAUAUACACAAUUAGAAAAAGAUACAGGUCACUUCAUGAAGUCAACGCCAAUACUCAUCUCUAUUGCCCAAUUAUUAUGUCUGUUACGACAAAGGAUUAGUUGAGAAAAUAAGUUGGUUGAUAUUCUUGUAAAACUUACUUUUAAAUAACUCAUACUGGUUGUUUCCAUAGGUGUGAUCAGUUGUAAAUAUUAAUAAGUUUACAUAUAAUAAUAUGAAAAUAAUUGUAAAUUUAAACACACCUUAUAUGGAGUUACACAAAUAUUUUUAUGUUCAGGUAUAUUUAUUUUGUAAAUUUUCAUAUAUUUUUAGUGGUUAUUUUGUAAAUUUUUAUAUAAUAUUAUUUUGAUCGUCGACUACCUACUUAUUGACUCUAAUUUAUAGUUUACAGAAAACGUACGUCAUUCAUAAUUUCCGUUUCGUUUCUAAAACAUUAUAAGCCAAAUAAAUAGCUAUUUGUAUUUUUUUUUAUAUUUACAGUAUCGUUAUUUGUAAAGUAUAAAUUAAAGUCAUAUACGUAAAAUCAUGACCUGAUGUUUGUAAUGAAAAAAUAUAGAAUACGUUAUCCAAGAUGUCUCAGGUCUAGAUAAUAACAUUGUUAACAGGAAACGUGGAACCCCAAAACAUCAACAAUCACAAGAAAACAUGGAAAUUUUAAUUAUGUCUCCAUUAUUUGUUUGAUAUUUACCCGGCGAAGCUAUUGUUCUCUGGAGAAAACAUCGUUAAUUUUUUUUACAGGAAAAAUCAUUAUGGAAAUAAAUUACAUUUUACAUGUUAAUUAAAUUGAAAUACUUGUUUUUUUCCAGUGUAAUUCCAAAGAUUUGUUCAAUUUCUUUCUCUAGUCGUAAUUGGAAAUGUAAAUAAUAAAAGGUAUUUGAAAAAACUUAAUUGUUUUAAUUUCAAGAUUAUCAACGAUUUUUAGUAGACAUUUUGAGUACAUACUAGUAUAUUAUAAAACAUUUAUGCAGUACAAAAUUAGUUGUGGCGUGUGGUUCCGCCCUAGAAUUGGGCUACUCUAGACUAGACUAGAUAUCGUAUGAAGUGACAAAGGUACACAUUACCUAGGUACCUUAUAGGCAACAAUAGUAUUUCCAAGGAGCGUAACCGUCAGACAGGCGGAUGUGAAAUCACAGGCGAAAUUUUAUAAGUGUUU